UACAAGUAGUAGGCCCGUUCAACAAAAAAAUGUUAGGGAGGUUAGGUGAUUGUCAACAAUAACUAAAGGGGAUUUAUGUUUGUAUAUGUAUUUAAUAUAAUAAUUAUUACGGGUAAUAUAUAUUAUAAACGAUGCUAAAAAUGAGCAGCCAAUUAAAGAGGUAUCUCUUUUGGUUCGCUCACGAACAUGUUGAUUUCCGAUUGGCUGAAAUGCAGUCUAUAUUUGAUAUGUACAAUAUUAAUCCACAAAUAGUAACUAGGCCAAAGGAACAUCCAUACUGGAUUGUAGAUUUACCUGAUGAGAAUGCAGUACAUCAAAUUGUCAGUAGAGCAAUCUCAAUACGCUUUUGUUUGGAGCUGUGGGCGCAAGGCAAACAAAAUGAAGACUUACAUAAAUCUUUAAAAGCUUACUCAGUCAAAAAUAUCACAGGAGAGAAAAGAUCAUUCAAGAUUGCAGUGGAGACUUUCUGUAAACAUUUCUCACAACAAGAGAAAGUAAAUAAGAUUGAAUCUUUCAGUUAUUUACCUCUUGAAGGACCAGUCAAAUUGAAAAAUCCAGAUAUCACUCUAUGCUAUAUAGAGCAUUAUGGACUUAAUCCCAAUAGCAUUCCUGAGGAGCCAUAUGAAUAUUUCUUUGGAAGAUGGAUUGCUGAUGGCCAGCGAGAAUUGAUUCAAAAGUUAUCACUAAAAACUAGGAAAUUUAUAGGAAAUACCUCAAUGGAUCCACAGUUGUCACUGAUAAUGGCAAAUCAAGCGCAAAUUAGAAAUGGGGACAUAGUUUACGAUCCAUUUGUAGGGACGGGUUCUUUGUUAAUUGCUGCAUCUCAAUUUGGAGGAUAUACAUUUGGAACUGACAUUGAUUUUUUAAUGCUCCAUGGUCGUACAAGACCUACACGGAUAUCACAAAAGACAAGGGAAAAAGACGAAAGCAUUGCAGCAAAUAUGCAUCAAUAUGGAAUGAGUUCCUAUUAUCUUGAUGUAGUAGUGGCAGAUUUUUCGUAUCCACUCUGGCGAACAGAUUUACGAAUAGAUGCUAUUAUAACAGAUCCGCCUUAUGGUAUAAGAGAGGCUACGGAACGUAUAGGUACCAUGAAGAUAAAUCCUGUAAUAGAGGAGCAUCAAGCAACCUCUCAUAUUCCUUCUAAAAUUGGUUACGGCCUGAAUCAAAUAUAUAAAGAUUUAUUGUGUUUCUCCGCGAGACAUCUAAAACUUAACGGCAGAUUGGUGUGUUGGUAUCCACUGUUUAGGGACCAAUACACAGAAGAUCAGUUACCAGCACAUCCUUGCUUAGAGUUGUUAGCUAAUUCCGAACAAGUAUUGAGCAACUAUACUAGUAGAAGAUUAUUAACUUACAAAAAAAUUAAAGAAUCAGAAGCAACCGAUGAGAGCAUCAUCAUGAAUUUAGUCGACUUUCGUGAAAAAUAUUUUGCAUUACGCGAAGAAACAAGAAAGGAAAAGCGAACGAGGAAAGCCACAGAAAGAGCGAGAAGACGAGAAGAGUGGGAACGUAGCAACAAGGAAGUUACUGAAAGAUGACUGUAGAGAUCUUUUGUAUAGAGAGAAGCAGACAUUAAAUGUCUUCUUUCAAUUUUAUAUACGUUUCCACAGUUAUUAGUCUUUAUAUAUGCAUAUUGGAUUGUUCAGAAAAUUUUCUUAGUUUACAUUUAUUUACAUAAAGGAAAAAGAUUAAAAAACUUCGCAAGCAAUCCAGUAAUUAAAAACAUGUAUAAUUAUUCAGAAAUAUUUGAUUUCAAGAUGUGGUCAUCUGAUUUUUGCAAUUUCUCUUAUUAUGUACAGAAUAAUUGUAAAGAUUGAUAUAUGAAAACAAGGCUAAUUGUUCCAAUUAGUUUGAAAUAAAUGAUAUUUUUUACAUACAUGUAUUUUAUCCAUCAACGCCGCUUUUAUUUUCAUUAUAUUUAUAUGCAGAUAUAAUCAAUACUUAAUAGCACAUGAAAAUCAACAAUGAUAUUAGACAACAGAGAGAGCCGAGAGUGAUCACAAUUACAAAAUCAAUGAUUACACAUUCACUUAAUAACAUAUACAGUAA